AUGAACUUGCUCAAAAUCUUAGAUAGUACUCCGGAGCCGCCUGUCAUAGACCUUCAUUUAGAUCUGGUCAACCAAAGCGGAGAUUAUCUUUUAGCCACACCAAUGUAUGAGUUUCAAAAAGAACUUACUGACCAGAUAGUGUCUUUACACUAUCCCGAUAUAUUAAAGUACUGUGAGACGAACGACAGUAAGGAAUUAAUUGUGAAGUCUUUAGAAAUUUGUGUCGAAAAUAGUAUUUUGGUUUGCACUCAUCCCUAUUUGUUGAUUAAUCAUUACAUGCCAAAGAAUUUAACGCAGAAAGACUUGCCGCUCAAAUUGGCAGAAACAAGUGGGAAGUUCAGUGUAUUAAAAGAUCUUAUCAACGUGAUUAUUUACAAUUCCUUCGCUGGUCAAAAAAGCAUAGGAAUUGUCAUGAAAAAUAAUAGCAAAAUUUUUGAUCUCGUUGAGGCACUUUUAUUAGGCUGCAAUGGGAAUAAGACCAUAAAAAGAUAUGUAGGGAAUAACCUCAAGAAAGAUUCUAACAAAUCAGACAAGAACGAUAAUGGAAGUAAUAGAACUGUGAUACAUCUUAUCCCAGGAGAUGGAAAUGUACAGAAAGAUGCAGACACGUUGAAAAGUGCCAAAUUCGACAUUAUCAUAGUUUUCGAUAGUUCCGUUGAUACAUCACUUCACUUCUUCCAGAAAUUGAGGUCUCAAAAUAGGCAAAAUGAGGCUAUCAUAAUAAGGUUGAUGCCUUUAAAAACUAUAGAGCAUUGCCAGUGGUACUAUUCUGACCAAAAACACCAAAAAGACUAUCUUUACAAAUUAAUUUCGUCAAUUGUCUGCUUGAGAGAUUUCAUUGGGAACCUUCCUCCAGAUAUAUUCCCCAUAUAUAACCAAAACUUAAAUUAUUUAUCCAGCCGUUUUUUUGAUCAGGUUUUUAGUGGGUCAGGAAACUCUGGCUUUCCUCCAUGGCCUUUGCCUGAUUUACAAAAAAUUCCGAAGUUCAGUGCAACUGAUGUCGAGCGAUCCUUGCUAACAGAAGUUCAUUUCCAUUACACACCUUAUGACUCUAUUGACUUAGCAAACGAUAAAGUGAAGAAGCCUUCGUUUUAUGAAAGUAAGAGAUUAGAACUGGAUUACGUUACAAAUCCAUUGAAGAAUGAUUUCAAUAAACUUACCGGCAUCCACUCACCAUACUCAAGUGACAGAUCUCCUAAAGCCGAUAUAAAAUCAAAGAUUUUGACACAUAAAUUAACGAUGAGAUUAAACAAUGCAUACAUCGAGUUAAGCAAUGUGGAAAAUGAAAUAAAAAUCUAUGAGAAAUAUAAUGAACCAUCGAGUCAGGAGAAGGUAGGAAGGAGAGAAAGGGAGCUCAAGCAAGCAUUAUCGAAUAUAGUAAAUGACGUAGAUCACGCUGAAUCAAGAAUAGCGUUGACUGAAAAAUUACUAGUCAAAAGAACAGAUGAAAUAGCGGACUUGAAAAAGCAACUAGAAGAUACCACUGAACAUUUGAAAGGCUUUAUCGAGAGAAACGAAGUACGAGAUCCUUCCAAAAUAAAAUUUAUUAAAAAUCAAUUUGACACAUGGGAUCUUCAGGACAGGAUAAAGAAUACGUUAGAUAAAAUCACUUCUAAAAAUGAAGAAAAAGGCUAUACAAAUUUAGCAUAUGAGAACUCUAAAACUUCCAUGAGUGAUUCAAAAGAACAAAUCGAAUCUCUUGAAUCCUCAAUGGACGAUAAAAAGAAGAGAAUAAGCUCUAUUAUUAAUACUGAAGUCGAAGACAAUGAUAAAUACAAGGUCCAGAAGAAAAAUAUGCAAAAUCUUUUGAAAGAAGAACGUCUUAGAAACCAGAGCCUUUUAUUAAAGCUUGAUCAUUCUUUCAAGUUUUUGAAGGAUACUUCUCAUUUAAAAAAGCGAAAAGCUAGAGGUCUAACUCCUAAUAAAUGA